UUGCCAUGUCUCUUUAGUGCUUUUAUUAAUUAAAUCCAGAUUUGGACUUAGUCACCCACCUGAUAUCACACCCAUACUUAAUGGCUCUUCUGCCCCUAUAUCUUCAUUCCUAUGCAAUCCCAACCAGCAGCUAGUAGUGGAUCUAGUCUCAUCUUGUGCCGCUCUUCUUCCUGAAUGUUUCUUGAGUAGCCAGCUGCAUCCCGUCUGAGUAAGCUUCCAGCUCUCUUCAUUUCUAUGUAUGCAAUCCCAAGACCUCUCCUCCUUUCGACGUAUGCAACCCCAACCUGAUCCAAUCUUAUCUUCCUGCGCCUCUCGUCUACUUGGAUGUUCCUCGAGUAGCUAGCUGGAUCUCCAAACAGAUCUUCCAGUGUUGAUAGUGGAUACUGUGAAAUUGGUUGCACAUCAGAUAAAUCAUCCAUGAAUCAUGAGGUCCUGGAGCGUAUACUUGAUGGAAGAGAGAAUCCGACAAAUCUAUCGCUCCCACUUUUGAAGGAUAUCACAGAAAAUUUCUCGGAGGAUCGAGAAAUCGGCCAUGGUGGAUUUGCAACUGUUUAUAAGGGAGUGCUCCCAAAUGGUAACGUUGCGGUAAAGAGGAUAAAGAGCUGUCAUUCAAUCAAGGAGACGUUGUUUUAUCGUGAAGUUAACAGCCUGUUGAACAUUGAACACGAAAAUGUUGUACGGUUUCUUGGCUUCUGUGCUAGCACAGAUCAGAUAGCAAUACAAAUUGAAGGAUUGAAAGAGCGUAUUUAUGCUGAGGUACGAGAAAGACUACUCUGUUUUGAGUAUAUCAGCAACGGAAGCCUGACAAAAUAUAUUACUGAUGAAUUACGGGGACUUGAAUGGAAGACACGUUAUGAAAUUAUUAGAGGCAUUUGUGAAGGUUUGUAUCAUCUGCACAAGGAAAAGCAAAUAUAUCAUAUGGAUAUGAAACCUGACAAUAUACUACUUGACAAUGAUAUGGUGCCGAAAAUCACCGAUUUCGGUUUAUCGAGACUUGAUGAAAUGACGCAAACCAUGAGUAAAGACCGUCUUGGAUCACUAGGAUAUUGUGCUCCUGAAUACUGGAGCCAGGGAAAGAUGUCUUUCAAAUCAGACAUGUACAGUUUAGGCGUUAUAAUUAUUGAACUAGUGACUGGACAAAAGGCGCUCCCCAUUAACAAUAACAAGAUACUUAGGAGAUGGAGGCAUAGAUGGAGGAAAACAGGGAAGGAAACACAGUUGGUUUACCAGCAAGUAGCAAAAUGCAUCAGAAUAGGGUUACUAUGCCAGGAAAUUGACCCGUCCGAACGGCCUUUUAUAUGGGAUAUCAUAGAUGAUAUCAGACAAGCGGAAGGUGUUAAUGGGUCAAUCAAAAAUGACUCUCAAUAUAAGUUUGGACAGAUAAGCCCUUACUUGGAGGACGAUGAUAUGCUUGGAAUUGAGCCACUCGAACUACAUUUUCCUUUCCAGCUUAACAAACAGAUGUCAUGCACCAUUCAGCUAACCAAUGAGACAGGCUCUUACAUUGCCUUCAACGUCGAACAUAUGAACCCACUGUCAUACUGUGCACAGCCGCAGAAAGACAUUAUACCACCACGAUCCAAGUGUAAUGUAGAAAUAACAAUGCAACCGCAGGCCAAGGCACCGAGAGAUCAUACCAGCGAAUUCACUGUUUGGAGCACCAAAGUGAAUGAUGGCCUUGCCAUUGAGGAUAUGGCUACAAUCAAGUUCAUUAAAGAGGCAAUCAAUGUGGUCGAUGACGUGAAUUUGGAUGUGGCUUUUGACAUCAGUGAGCCACAAGAAGCAAGUGAGAAAACAAGUGUGCAGACAGUCCAACCUUUAACACAGAUUACAGAUGAUGUAGCCCGUGCGAUUUGGUGUAUGGAUGCACAUCAGACAGAGCCAUUGAUUAUAACUGGUCACCGAUUUGGUGAUGUUCAGAUUUGGAACUCUGACACGCAGAAAGUGGUCGAUUGGGUUAAGGCCUCAGAGGAAGCAGUAUCCAAUGUUAAAUUUAUUGCACGAAUGCGGUGGCUUGUGGCUGUGGCAUAUGACUGUUUCUUCCAUGUGUACAAGUAUGAAAAGGAACUGGAAAAGGUCACGAGUUUCAAAGCUCACGGUUAUUAUGACUGGGGGAGGUGUUCAUUAGACGUCCAUCCGACCCAGCCGUAUGUGCUGUCAGCGUGUCGUAUGCAAGUAAAGCUUUGGGACUGGGACCAGGACUGGAAUUGCAUACAGACAUUUGAAGAACAUUCAGAUAAUAUUAAUGAAGUAAAAUUUAACCUAGAGGACACCAACAGUUUUGCAAGUGCUUCAGAUGAUUGUACAGUAAAGGUUUGGAGUCUUGAUUCUCCCAAAUCCAAGUAUACUCUGCCUGGGCAUUCACAUCACGUGUACAGCGUGGAUUUCUUCAAGCGUGAUGGUCGGCAGUAUUUGAUUAGUGGCUGUAAAGACAAGACUGCCAAGAUAUGGGACUUGCAGAAGAAGGAGUGUGUUCAAACACUCCAACAUGAAUGUGACGUCAAUUCAGUCUUUGCCCAUCCCAGUCUUCCACUUCUAGUGACAGGUGGUGAAGAUGGUGCUGUUCGUGUGUGGAGCUCCACUGAUUUCAGGCUGAAGAGAAAGCUUGGGGUCAGUAUGCCGGUUCGUGGUUUCGCAUGUUUGACCGGGUCAGAAAGGGUUGCAAUUGCACACUAUUAUGGAAUGUCGGUGAUGGAAAUUGGUGAUGAAGAAGGACAAGGUGGUAAUGAAGGCAGCCACGAGAAUUCCACAGCAGCUAUAGAUUAUGAGAAAAUCCAACGCCAAUCUGAGAGGGCUGCCAGUACACUUUCUUCGAUCCUGAAAUUUGAACGACUGAUUGGAGAUGAAUGGUACUUGUCGAACCAGAUCUAGUCAACUCUCUCGCUAUGGGGAAGCAGGUGGCAACAGCUUGCGUGAAGAAGAAGAUGAUUUUUAUAAGUUUCGAACAUUUCUCAAAACAGGAAUAAUACUUAUAAAUUCUGCCCAUUUUUUAAAUUUUUUUUAAAAAAAUCUAAAUAUUUUUGUAAAUUAUUUAUUCACGGAAAUAAUAUAUAUAUAUAUAAAAGGGAAAAUGGAAAAGGAA